GUCUUAUUUAUUCAUUGUUGACAGGUUAGGUACAUAACCUCAAAUAUACAAAUGUUGCCAUAAGUUUUUUGUUUAAUUUUUAAACAGUUCACGUUUUUUGUGAUAAUAUAGUUGCUCAAAAAUGCAGUCAGAAGCGUAUAGUGAUUGGAUGUCUCUAUACAACGACAAUAUCCAAACAAUAUGGAGAGAGGAAAACACAGAACUUCGAAAAGUGUCCAUGAUAUAUUAUGCGUUUGAGAAGGAAUUGAGCAGACUGAAGAAUGUCUUGGAGAACGAGUUGUCAUCUAUAAAGUCUGAGUUUAAGAAAAGGGAAUAUUUAGAGAAACGAAGAAAAUUUAGUGGGUUGGUGCAGUCUGAAAAAUUCGAGCUUGAUGCCAUUGAAAAUGUCGAUAAAGAAAAUAAGAGUCCUGAAAUCGUGCCAUUGGAACAAUAUGAUUUAAAUAAAGCAAGUGAAGAGUUUUUUAUUGAAUCUGCAAACACUGCCGCUUUUUUAAAAGAGAGUUCUCCAGUGCCACAAUGUAGCAAAAAUGUGACUGCCACAAGUCCGGUGCUACAUAAAAAUAGCUUCAAUUUUAAGAAAAAAAAGUCAGUGAGUCCAUGUAGUGACAAAACGACACCUAAAAUGGAGAUAUUUAAUGAAGAUAGUACAACUUCAAAAAUGGAUGACUCGAAUAUACUGGAAUGCUCAAUUAUCAACAACACUCCUGAAGUAACUACAGAAAGAAAAAUGAAGCGACCACGUUUCAGGUCAAAGAAAAAAAAACCUAAUCUUAAUACAAGUAAACAAACAAAUACAUUAACGCAGUCGUUUCUAAGGCCCAAAACAUGCAAAAGAGAAAUGGACUCAAAUUUGCCGUCCAUGACGAUUACAGAAAUGAUCAAUCUUAUAAAUGACAGUGACCACACUGAAACUGAUGCUGAAUCAGAUGCAACUGUUGAUCUUGAAGUGCCUUCACAAUCUGAAACAAACCUAGAACCUCCAUCAAGAAGUCCUGAAAAAAAGAAAGCCAAGUUUGUGUAUGAGGAAGUAGUGAGGGGUAAAGCGCGGAAAAAACUGGCAGGAUGGGCGUGUCGCGAAUGCCAGGAAUAUUACGAGGAUUUAAAUUUACCACCUGAAGAGCUACAAAAGAAGAAAAAUCAGUGUUCUAAACACAGACACAGAUUCAAGCCUAGAGAAGAAACGUAUACAGGGUUCUGGGACUUAACUUUUGGGCCCACGCCCAAAACACAACAAGACGAAGAAUCUUUAGUAUUUAAUUAUAAAAAAUCGUGAUGUUAAAACUUUAUUAUACAAAAAUUAUAUUAUAUUGGUUAUUUUUAUAAGUU